AAGACAAUGCCGUCCAUCCCGGUGGUGGCCCUGGCCUGGCUGGUCUCCCUGAGGACUUUGUCUGUGGCACUGGAUCCAACCCUGGAGGGGACAUGGAGAGACUGGAAGGCCACUCACAGCAAGGAAUACGCCAAGCAGGAGGAAGAAGCCUUCCGAAGAGCUGUGUGGGAGGAGAAUCUGCGCAUGAUCCAAGACCAUAACAGCCAGGCCGACCUGGGGAAACACACCUACAGGCUCGGCAUGAACCACUUUGGCGAUUUGACCAACGAAGAGAUUAACCAGAGGCUGUAUUGCCUGCUUCCUGACUCGGAUAAUGUCAUUGGAGACAACAUGAUCAUGUUCAAAUCCUCAGAAAGUCUGCAGAUCCCUGACAGUAUGGACUGGAGAACCGAAGGUGGUGUCACCAAAGUCAAAGAUCAGGGUGAAUGUGGAUCUUGCUGGUCCUUCAGCGCCACUGGAGCUCUGGAAGCUAUGCAUUUCAAGAAGACGGGGAAGCUGGUCUCGCUGAGCGAACAAAAUCUUAUUGACUGUUCUUGGGACCAGGGGAAUGGCGGCUGCGAAGGCGGAUGGAUGCACCAAGCUUUUAAAUAUGUGCAGAAGCAAGGAGGGAUCAAUUCGGAGAAAAGCUACCCCUAUGAUGGAAUGGUAAUAUAUGAUAAGAAUUGUCACUAUGAUCCUGAGAAGUCUAUUACCAGAUGUAGCUCGGUUGGACUCAUAAUGGAGAACGAUGAAGAUGGCCUUCAACAGGCUGUGGCCACGAUUGGCCCCGUUACUGUUGCAGUAGAUACUCGGAGUUCCAAGUUCCACUACUACAAGUCAGGUAUAUUUAAAGAAAACUGGUCUGGAAAACGACAGCUGACUCAUGCUAUGCUGGUUAUUGGUUAUAACAACUCCAGCUCAGGUUAUUGGAUCCUAAAGAACAGCUGGUCCACUCUUUGGGGUGAAAAAGGUUACAUGCGUGUGGCAAAAGGAUCGGAUCAAUGCGGCAUCACCCAACGAGCUACCUUUCCCAUCCCAGAUCCAAGCAAGGGAGCAAAAUCACCUCUUUCUGCAUCAGGAUCAUUUGAAGUGCACAGCUAGAAGCCACCAAUGAAUAACCUGCUGCUUCUGAAGCUUCUGGAGAAGCAGAAAGGAAAUGUUAAUAAAUGCUUUUGGGCAAUGCUACUCAAAUCUGA